AUGAAGACGUUCGAUUUGGCCAUGCAGAAGUCCGGAGAGUACGCGUGCACGGGCAACCUCAUGUGGCUAAGCAUGACUUGGAAUCCAUGGCCAGAGGUCCAUGUUUCCUCCUACGGCGUGGACGUUCUAAAACGAGACUUCUGGAGCUCCCCCAGGACGUGGCCGUAUCAGCUGCCGGUCGUUGUGGGCGUGCUUCCGGGUACCACAGGGGCAAAGGUAAAAGCUGGGUUCGGUGGCCUGCAUCGAGUCAGCCCUCCGGAGCUCAUCAUGGCCCUCAUGUCACAGGUCGCGCAUGAGAUCCGCGAAGGUGCGGCCGACGAGCGGGUGGAACAGUGGCGUGAGACAAUGCUCCACGCAUCUUUCGUCUUCCAGGUCUGCCAGGACGAGGAUGAGCUGAAGUGGUAUUCGCUGAAUGCUCGGGAGGAGUAUGUCUCCGCUGCAGAAGCCUUCUGCAGAUCGGCCCUUCAGCGGAUUCUGGAGUUGGCUAACCUCAGGGCGUGGUCGAAGCGCUUCAAGAAGAGUUCAUCCAAGAUGAGCGAAGAGGUGAGCGUGACGUUUGUCAAGACCGGCCUGCGACUCCAUGACAACUUCCUAGCUGGCUCCGGUGUCCGUGAUGCGAUCGUCUCCUUGGAGUCCAAGUACGGCACGGCCUCCCCAUUCCACAACCUGGGCAGCCUAGAGGCGCUUUCCAAGACCGCGAGCAAGGAUCCGAAGCUGGCUUGCUUCGUGGUUGCCGCUGUGCAAGACCUGCAUCAGCACGGCUUCAUGGAUGUGGCCCAGAUGAAGGGUGGUGGUUUCGCAGGCUCGAAGACGAGCCUGAUCGAGUGCCUGGCGGCCAAGGCACGGAUCAUGGAGUACUUCAUGCAUGAGUGGAUGCCGAAGAACGGGUUCGACCCCACGGCCGUCGGCAUUUUUGCAAGGCGAGUGUGGCUGGACUUGUGCAGCAGCGUGUGGGUCUGGCGUUCGAAGUGUGGUGGGGGCUCUGCUCGUGUGGACACGAGCUGGCAGGGUGUCCUUCCGCCGGCGACCCUGAAAGCCAUCCUGUUUCUGGAAGCCGUCGUGUUCUCCACUUCGCUGGAUGCCCAGUUGAAGAAUAGUCUUCGCAGCGCAAGCUUGGCCGUGGAACUUUGUGGCCAGAAGCCCUUCGACGACAUGCUGAAGGAAGUGGCAGAAGUGCUGGGGACCGUCAGCCACGUGCAGGAGACCCCGGGCAAUGAGAAAGACACGGCGGCACCCGCAAGCAGCACGGAUGGCCUCAGUGCUGAGUCUCUGGGCGUUCCGGCGACUGUGGCGACGGAGAGAACCGCUCCGACUUGUCGGGGCUGGCAAUCUGAGAUUCUUCGGCCGGAGCCUCCCUUGCGAAUCAACCUUGUGCACCUGCUUGGGGCCACGGCUCCCGGGGCUCGGUUCCUUCUCCUUGCAGGGGUCACUUGUUUUGACAGUUUGCAGCCCGUGAGCCGCGCAAUUGCUGCUAUCUUUGCAGCCAUCCGAGAGCAGGUCGAUGAGCUUCUCCGCACCAUUGAUCUUACAGACGCCGGGGGGAUUGAGGAUCAAGAAGCCGGUUCAGUCGUGCCAGAGUCUGACCAGAACAUUCCUGCUGCACCAAGCUUAGAUCAAGAGAUUCCGGACAACCAGCUGUUGUCAUUUCUUGAAGAUGAUGAGGUGUGGGACGGCCGAUCCCUUAGCGCCCCUGACCUUUCUUGUGCUGCUGAAAUUUCUGAAUCGGAGAGGGAGUGGUACUUGAUUGCGGGGUCGUUCGGGGCAGCCGCUGCAGAGUGUGCGCCUAGUGAGCAGUCACCACCGAGCUUGGAGCCAGAGCAAACUCUGGCAGUCCCGGCCCUGGACAGCAUCGCCGAGGACCAGUUGCAGCAGAGUGCCGUGGGGCAUAUCCAUAAGAGGCUCCGCUUGGAAGCCCCACUCCUCCCGUGGGAGACACAACCGUUUGCCGCAAUCUUCGGGGGCCCAUCUUGGCAUGACACCUUGCAGCGCCGGAUCAAUUUGGAUCUAAUGCCUGGGGUAGGUAGUGCCGACGUCCUUAAGCCUGCCGUGCCUAAGGUUCCUGCCCCUAAGCCCCAGAUCGUAGCAGCGUCACUUGCGAACCGUCUUCACCGCUUCCGGCCGGAGGCUUCAGACGAAGAUGUUCGCAAUCUUGCCUUAGCCAAGCUCAAGGUAUUGAUUACUAGUGACCCUCUGGCCAGUGAGCUGGGUAAGUCCUUGAUUGAUAAGCUGGGAGGUCUGGUGCAAGAGGCUGUGGUAGCUCAGUCCUUUGCAGAUGCUUUCCGUGCCAAGGCAUCAUCCACGCUCAAUGGGCAUGCUUGUGCGCUUACACGGUUCAGCGCGUGGUGUGCUUGCCAGGCGGCAGAACCUCUUCGAGUUGAUGAGGAGCAGCUAUAUGCGUACUUGUGUGAAAUGCGGUCCUCCAACCGGGGGGCUACUUCGGGAAACAAGUUUUUGCAGUCGCUGACUUUCUUGGAGUACUCCGUUGGAUUGAUCUUCUUUUCAACUGAUGUGGCAGUAUCUGCGAGGGUUCGGGGCGUAGCUCGUGACAUGGCCCUCACCAAGGCUCCGCUGUCUCAGAGGCCCCCACUCACUGUGGAACAGGUUGCGGCACUUGAGGCCCUACUUGUUAACGACCUGAAUGAUACCGACGCCUGUGUGCUGGGCCAGAUACUCUUUGCUGUCCACUCUGCCGGCAGGUGGAGGGAUAUCCAGGGGUUGCAGUCCGUGGAUGUCUCCGAAGGUUCUGAGACCACCCUGUUGCUUGCAAAUGGCCUGAAGAGCAAGACCACCCAAACGGCUGAGGCGCAAAGGAGGCUCUUGCCGUACGUCGCAAUCUCCACUGGUGUCUCGGGUUAUGACUGGGGUGACCGGUGGCUCACCGCCCGCAGGAACGAGGGCCUUCAGUGGGGAGGCGACUUCUGUCUCCCUUCGUUCUCCUUGAGGCUGGGGCAGUGGAGCACGGCCCGCAUGGGUUCCGGAGAGGCGUCAGCAUACCUUAGAGAUUUUCUUGAGGCCGUUAAUCUGCCGAACAGCAAAGUUGGGACCCAUAGUCUUAAGACCACCUUGUUGACGUGGGCGAGCCGCUCAGUUCGAAUCGACUUCAGUGAGCCCGAAAGGCUGCACCUGGGCCACCAUUCGGCCCCGGGCACCAGGUCGAUGCUCCACCUCGCCGAGGCCAUCAUGGUAGGGAGCUCGCAGGCGUCCAACUUGGGGCAGCACGCCCCAGCCGGGGAGGAUAGUGCCUCCUCCGACGAUUCCGACGCGGGGAUCCCAGAAGGUCACGGCGGGCGGCAGGCCGCAGACUUGGUUCGGGGGGCGUUCCCGGAUCAGUUCCUUCAGGACAUCGUGGUGCACAGGUUCUCGGGCAUAUCGCAUGUUGUUAAGGACUCCGGCAUGCUUUGGUGCCAUCGGCCUGUAAGUUCGAACUACACGCCACUGUCCGAAGCCGGCGUUGCUGCUGAGUUCCCUACUGCAUGCCAUCAGUGCUCGAGAGCCCUGGGCCUGGUAGGUGACUAG